GACGAUCAGUGCCCUCCUUUGUGAGCGACACGAGCACAGCCGUAGCCAGAGCUCAGAGAAGCGCUGUUGGCUCGGCUCGGCCCUCUGACUCGAGCUCUCUGGGUAAUCUUGUAACUGAAGGCCGCAGCAGCCCCAGCCUGGACCCUCUGCGAAAGAGCCCCUCCCUUGAGCAGGUGAUCCAAUCUGCGUCCGCCCCGUCGGCCCCCGCUGCCGCCGCCGCCACCACGGCUCCGGCCCCUGGACUCGGACGCAGGAGCCCGGCUCACGCUCGCACGGCCCCCUCCGCUGGCCAGAGCGGCCCGAAGCCCCACCACCACCACCAGCAGCAGCAGCAGCAGCAGGACGGAGUGGACUCGAGGAGGGGUGAGACUGUCAGGGGAGGCCGAGGCAGCAGCCAGGGCUGGCCCGCACCCCGAACCAUCUCCGCCUCUCACAUCAGCGCAGUAGAUCGGGCUUCCACUGCAGGGCUUCCCCACUCCAUCUUUAGCCACUCAGCAGCUGCAGGCGCCCCCGGUAACCGGCGCGGUCGAGGCGGCGGACACCGCGGGCGAGGACGCUUCAACGUGCGCCGAGACGGACCCAUGAAGUUUGAGAAGGACUUCGACUUCGAGAGCGCCAACGCCCAAUUCAACAAGGAGGAGAUCGACAGAGAGUUUCAGAGCAAGCUGAAGUUGAAAGAUGAGAAGACUGAGAAGCCGGAGAAAGCGGUGAACGGAGAGGAUAAAGGCGACUCCGGUGUCGAGACUCAGAACAGUGAGAACAACGCCGAAGAAGAGUGCGACCCGCUCGGCCCCAACUGCUACUACGACAAGUCCAAGUCCUUCUUCGACAACAUCUCCUGUGACGACACCAGGAAAGCAAAUGACAAGUCUGGAGUCUCAGGAUUCCCAAGGGAGCGGAGGCAGACCUGGGCGGAGGAGAGGCGGAUGAAUGCCGAGACAUUCGGCAUCCCUCUGCGUCAGGGUCGAGGCCGCGGAGGUUACCGUGGACGCGGCGGGAUGGGCUUCCGUGGCGGUCGGGGUCGUUCGGCUAGCCGAGGAUCCUUCGGUCCGCCACAAGGGGGCGGCGGCUUCAGGGGAGGAUACAGAGGAAACCAGGCCGGCCGCGAGUUCGCCGACUUAUCAGCAUACAGGAAGGACAACAAAGUGGCAGCAUAGUCCGCUCUUCAGACAAGGUGCAACGCUCGGAGAGAAACACAAAAGGAGGAAGAAAAAAAAAGAGAGAGAGGAAAAAAGAAAAGAAAGAAAUCUGUUUUUUUUUUUUUUUUUUUUUUUUUUUGGGUUGCUACUCUUUUU